UCAUGAUUGUAGUAAAUCAAGGGGCCAACAACAUCAGAAAGCAAAGCAAGCACAGAAGCCUACAGACAGGAGAUCGCCCCCUUCCUUCCUUCCUUCCUUCCUUCCUUCCUUCAGCAGAGUAGAGUAGAGGAGAGGAGAGGGAUGGGGAGAGCGCCGUGCUGUGACAAGGCAAACGUGAAGAAAGGGCCGUGGUCGCCGGAGGAAGACGCGAGGCUGAAGUCGUACAUCCAGCAGCACGGCACCGGCGGAAACUGGAUCGCCCUCCCUCAAAAGAUCGGGUUGAAGAGGUGCGGGAAGAGCUGCAGGCUGCGUUGGCUGAACUACCUCCGACCCAACAUCAAGCACGGCGGGUUCUCGGAAGAGGAGGACAACGUCAUCUGCAGCCUCUACGUCACCAUCGGCAGCAGGUGGUCCAUCAUAGCAGCGCAGCUCCCAGGGAGGACCGACAACGACAUCAAGAACUACUGGAACACCCGACUCAAGAAGAAGCUCAAUCUCCUCCUCGGCAACAACAAGAAGCACCACCACAAUCGAGCCAGCGGCCGACUCAACCAUCCAUCUGCUGCUACUAGUAACCCGCCGCCGCCCGAGGACGACAUGAUGACGAUGAUGAUGAUGGAUCAUGAUCCAUCAUGGCACUGGCAGCUCUCACCCGCAACCACGAUGCCGCUGCCCCACCAUGGUUACAAUAACAACGACCAGGCGGCCUACUCGGCGGGCAUGGGAAUGAACACGGUAGCAGUAGUCUCCCCCAACUCCUCCGUCGUCUCAAUCGAAAGUUGUUCCGCCUCACCUCCAUCCUCAUCGCUGCUGCCGUUCUACGGCGGGAUGAUGCAGCAGGCUGCUGCUUUCCCUGUAGGAGGGCUUGGUGGUGGUGAUCCGCUGCUUCUCAUGAACGACGGUUUCGAGGGUUGGUGUGGUAAUUACCAGAUGGGUUCGGCGGCCACUUCUUUGGACAAUGCUAAUAACUAUUACGAGAAUAAUAAUAAUAUGAUGAAUGGUUUUAGUAAGGUGAUGAUGAGCUCUGAAUCUGAUCUCCCUCUCGGCGUUGGUUCUGAUCAAAUGCUGUUCCACCACCAGCUUCCAGCCAUGGAGGAGGAUUCAUCCAUCUACUUGUCGCCGCCACAAGUAUGACUGCUUGUUGCUUCUUUCCCUAGCUACAGCGUCCGUCCAUAUUUGUAAAGCCAUUCCUUCUUUUCAUUACUUUUUAAUUAGUUGAGACAAUUAUUAUUAUUGUUAUUGUUAAGUGUUGGAUUGGGAAUCCUGAGAAGAUAUCAACAAUGAGAAAAAGAGAGAAGAAACAAGGAGAUAGAAU